CAAUAUCGCGGAAAUAGUGUGCCAUAACCUCAAAUAAAUUUGGAAGUUUCUCCCCUUUUUUGUGGAAGAAUUUUGUGAAGAAAAAAAAAACCCCGGAAAACUCCACAAUGGACAAUAAAACCAACGUGGAUGGUCACCUGAAGAAGACUAUCAAGGGAAAUGGUGGACUUGAUAAGUUGAGGCUGAAGUACUCAACAAAAAUGAAGCGUCAUUCCGGCACUCAAAUCAGCGCCAAAUUUGCUUUGCGUGUGCUGCAGAAGCAAAAACUUAUUGCCCAGAAGCAAACAAACAUCCCCGAGAAGAAGCCGGUGAAGGAAAUCAGGAAGGAAAUUAAGGAGAAGAUUGAGAAGCCCAAAGAGAUCAUCAUUCCGGAGAAGACUUCAUCACUUCAGGAGGAAGUUCCAGAGAAACUCCAGGAGAAAGCUCAAGAGACACCACAGAAUGCAAUUGAAGUGCCGGAGAAUGCACCUUCCGGAACUACCCAAGACAUUGUCAUGGAGAUAGUUAGUGAGCCGGAAAGGGCGAUCCCUGUUCAAGAGUUCACAGAGUUUGCGCAGGAAAUGAAGCGUAUUGAGCAACUGAAGGCCGGACUUUCAGAUGAUGCAAAGCAGAUUCGGGAUUUGAUUGAGCAGUAUGAGCAGCAGAAGAGGGAUUGUCAGGAGAUGAUUGACAACAAUGUCAGGAAGGUCCAGGAGCUUAAUGCUAAACUGCGAUUGAUUACCCACAAGAAGAAAAUUAUGGAUGAGAAGGUUUGCGCAAUGGAAGUAGAAUCUCAAAACAUGAACAAACGCUUCGAUGAAAUGGAAAAGCAGAAGAUUUUACUUAUUGCCAAAUACGAAAACUUCAUGAGCAAUAUUGUCUUGCGCGAGGAAACGUCCAAUUAAAAAACAAAUAAUUACUUCUUUUCCUUUCAUUUGAAGAUUAUUAAUUUUCUUAUUAAAACGUGAAUUACCCAUUGCAUCACGUAAAAAAAAUCCUAUUUUACGGAAAUAUUUUAAGUACCAGUGAAAUAUUUUAUACUUUGUUAAAAAUAUUGAAAAUAUAAUGAAAUUUAUGUAUUUAAUUGAGUACAAAAAGAACACUUCUCACCUUAAAGAUGUUGCCAAAAAUUACAAGAAAUAAGAAUUUAAAUAAAUGAUUAUUAAUUGAAUUUAAAAAA